AAUCAGGGCUGAUGGGAGGGUGGGGCUGUGUGAAUACAAAAAGCGAGUGGGCAGCAGCUGCCUCCCCCCAGGAGAGAUGGCCGCGGCAGCUGCUCUUCCAAUGGCUCCCGGGAGCGUCGCCAGCAACUCCUCUUCCUCCCCCUCCGCAGUGGAGUCAUCGGGGUCCCCUGGGUCUGGAGAGCCAAACACAGGACUCCUGGGAUUCUGUGCCCCGUCCUCACCUGGUGUGUGUUCAGGGUCCACCCUCUUAUAGCACCUAUCGGGACUUCCUCGUCUUUGCAGCCAGGUUGGUUUCAAACUCGGCUCAAGCCAUCCUCCUGCUUCAGCCUACUGAGCAUCCAGAAUCACAGUGGCUCAAGCUGCUGCGUUCAGGCCUGAGCAGCAGCAGGGUCAUGGUGGCCCGCCGCCACCCCACAGUGCUGCGCAUGGUGCUGGAGGCCGUGCAGGCAGGCGAGCAGCACCGUGGCACCUCAGUGGCGGCCAUCAAGCUCUACAUCCUGCACAAGUACCCGAUGGUGGACAUCAUCCGCUUCAAGUACCUGCUGAAGCAGGCCCUGGCCACUGGCAUGCGCCGUGGACUCCUUGCCAGGCCCCUCAACUCCAAGGCCAGGGGUGCCACUGGCAGCUUCAAGCUCAUCCCCAAGCACAAGAAGAAGCCCCAGUCCAGCAAGAAGCGCCCCCAGACAGGGACAGCCAGCUCCAGCAAGAAGGGGGCUUCAGAGCCAGCCCAGCCCAGGGUUCCACCCAGACUGGCCAAGGCCCUGGAGAAGGCCCCCCAAGGAGGCCGCAAGGCCAAGGGCACCAGGUCACAGCAGGAUGUGGCCAGAGAGGGCCCCUCAAAGCCAGUUGGGGCCUCCUCCAGUGUCUGCCAGCUGGACAGGAAGUCAAAGGUCCUGGGUAGCCAGGGCAGGAAAGGAGAUACAGGGGCCCCUGGGACAACUGCAGCCGUGGCCCCCAAGCUGCAGUCCGGGACCACAAUCAUGGCGACGGCCAUCCUCUGGCAGCGGGUGACAUUGGCUAUGCACUGGGGCCUGCACGGCCAGGUCACCGGGAAGUGACCACUCAGAGCUGAAGACUCAAUGCAGCCUAGGCUGGAGGUGGCGACAAAGAGCUGCUAGUGUCACCAGGAAUACAGUGAGGACCGGACCGUUGGCCCCUUCAGCCUUGCAGAGAGGUCCCAGCUUGAAGAGUGGCCCUCAGAGGUGGGGAGUUUCCCUGAAAGCAGGAGGUGGGUGGCACCGGGCUGGAUGCCUUCUGCACUGAGAGCCAUUCCUGGGGUCCUCAGAAGUUUAGUGGUGAUGAUUCUGGCCCCAGUUCACUUAGAACUAACUUUGGAAUUGUACAGUGUCCUCCCGUCCUUGAGAUUCCUUGGGGGCUUUUAUCCCAUGAGAAGCUCCUAGAAGUUAAGAUUCUUCGUUUCAACCAGGCCCAGCUGAGGCAGGAUGGUCUUAACAUCUGUUUAAUGUCCUUUAGGUUGUGGGCUGCAGCAGCGGGGAACAUUGAGUGCCUUGUGGAGGUGGAUGGCCGGUCAGACUGGGCGCCGGGCGUGAUGUCACUGUGCUCUGUAGGGUUCCUUGGGGUCCGAGACCUGACUUAGCUGCCUCAUCUGGAUAUGUUGCUCCCCCUGUUGUCUUUCAGGCCCACUAAUGUCCAACACCUGCCUAACAGGAGGUAACCGGUCUGGGCUUACAGGGACAGGGAAACACGCGGUCCAGCAUGGUCACCACAGCUCCCUUCCUGUGCAGCUCUACGAUCCCCCACCUUCCCCUACCCCACAAGAGGCUGUCGCCCUACACACGCCUCUCGUGAAUCUGAGGUUGCUGGCUGGGCCUGGGCAGGAGGAGACUGCAAUGGCUUCCCGCCUAGGGGCUCUGCCUCUGCUUUCUUCCUGGGCUGGAGUUGGCCAGGCAGGCCGCAGGCACCACCCAGGGGACAGCUGGUGACAGGUCCUGCCCUCUGGCUUCUCCCUUUUGAAAGUUUUUCCAGAGACACCCCAACUGCCUGUGAUGCUCAGUACAGGGUAGGGACGGUCCAGGCGCCCACAGUGGCCAGGCACAUCUCGGGGCCCAGAUGCGGGCUAUAGAUGGCUGCUGAAGUUGGCCACCUUCAGAGUGACCCGGGAACCACAGGGCGCCUCGGCUCGCAACACCCCCUGAGUGCUGAGGAGCUGCAUGCUAAUCGGGCAUUGACAGGCUGUGAAAUAGUUACUGACAAGGAAGAUGUCACCACAUGUUGUGCGAAGGGGACUUGGGCCGCAAUGGUAUUGGGCCCCAUUCCAUACUCACCCCAGCCUCCCAUCCCCACACACCAUGGCUUGGUCCCCUCUGUCUCCUUCCCCUCCAAGAUCCUAGCAGCUUUUAUUUUCUUUGUGCUCUUUUGUGCUUCCUGCAUUUCCCUGGGAAAUAUGUAGUCAUUCUAGAAUGGCACCUUCCCCCUCCAAAGAUCCUAUCAAAUAUGCCAAUAACUUAAAUUAGAAAAUCUGCUGCUUAGUAAGAAGGAAUCAAUGCUCAGAAUAGAACAUUUGAAAGUGGAAGUCGAAGCUUUUUCCUGUAGUAGCUUCAGGGUGAGGAGUUUUUAAAACAAAAGAUUACUUACUUUCCCCUGCCUUGUGCACUCUCUUUAGCUCUAAGAGUUGGAAUCUGUGGGAUUUUGUUUCUGUAUUAUGGAGUUUUGGCCCCAGCUCCCGUUCCUGGUUUGGGUUUUCUGAGACAGGGUCUCACUCUGUA